GCGCAACUGCUUCAAAUACUCUCCUUUGAGCUAAAUAAUCUCUAUUCGGUUUGCGGUGACGCUGAGGAGAGGCGAGACCUGGAGCAGCGUUUGGUAAAAAAAACGUCAGAGAGCCUUGUUAUAAAACAUCCCCUUUACAAAGUCGGCUUCAUCAUUCGCUACACAUACACACAUAUUAUUCCGUUACACCACAUUGCCAGAGGUCCCUGAUAAACCGAACCAGCCAUGUCGAACAAGGAGGAAAAGCCCGCAGACCAGAACCAGUCCACCUGGAAGGAUUUUAUCUUCAACCCGCGGAGCGGCGAGUUUAUGGGGCGCACAGCCAGUAGUUGGGCUCUGAUUCUUCUCUUCUACCUAGUUUUCUAUGGUUUCUUAGCUGGACUCUUUACACUCACUAUGUGGGUCAUGCUUCAAACACUGGAUGACAAUGCUCCAAAGUAUUGUGACAGGGUCCCAAGUCCAGGGCUGGUAAUCAGGCCAAAGACACUGGAUAUAGUGUAUAACAGAUCUGACUCCUCAAAGUAUAGCCACUACGUUCAGCAUCUUGAGUCAUUUUUACAGAAGUACAAUGAUGUAGAUCAAGAUAAAAAGCAACCAUGCGUUUCUGGGUCCUACAGUAUACAAGAUAAUGAGACACUUCCCAAAAAAUCGUGUCCGUUUAAACGCAGUCUGCUGGGACAGUGUUCUGGACUACGUGAUCCCAAUUUUGGCUAUUCCGAGGGAAAUCCUUGUAUACUUGUGAAAAUGAACAGAAUUAUUGGACUCAAACCAUUAGGGGAUCCUUUUAUCAAUUGCACUAUUAAGAAAGAAGGUAGCGAUUUUAAUAUGGUGUAUUUUCCUGCAACUAAGAAUUUCGAUCUUAUGUACUUUCCAUAUUAUGGAAAAAAAGCUCAUGAAACAUACGUGCAGCCUUUGAUUGCUGUAAAACUGAUGCUUGAAAAGAAAGAUUACGAUAAUGUAAUAACAUUGGAGUGCAAGAUAGAGGGAUCUAGUAACCUGAAGAACGAUGACGAGCGGGACAAGUUUCUGGGACGAGUGAUUUUCACUGUUAAAAUUACUGAAUAGCAAGAGCUGGAGGUCUGCAUGAUGCCAACAUUGUUUUGUCAUUUAAUUUUUAUCAGCUGGACCUGCCAUUCUAGGACAUAAGACCACUUUGAAAGAGGGAUUGGAGUUAGGUGGCAUUCAUGGUAGCAUGAUGUGCUUCCAGAUGUUAGUUUUUAACCCCUAAUGUGUCGCUGCCUGCCUUGCCCUUGCCUUUGCCUGCCCCCCCCAUCCCUCUCCCCCACCUAGCCCCUUCCCUGUUGGGCCAGUACAUGAACAUAUUAAGACAUUGUGUCGUAUUAGGGACCUGUAAAUAGCUGUACUUCAACCAUUUAAUAAUGUGGUCUUUUUCCUAUUGUGAUGUGGAUUUUAUCCCCAGUGAGUGUUGCUUUUUGUGCUGUUUUUAUGUACAUAUUUAAUGGAUUUAACACUGGUUUACCUGUCAUAUUUCACAAGGUCAGAACAUUUAAGGGAUCAAAUUAAAAAAUAAAAUGAAAGAAAAAAAAAAAGGUACCUGGCCAAUGUUUUAAAUGAUUUUAUAACCUCUGCAAGAAUAUUUAUUUGUGCAGAUGCCUUAAGACCUGUAUGGAAAAGAAAAGAAAAAAAAAUCUUAAAAUAAAAGUGAUUUUAAACAAAAAAAAUUCCAUUUGAUAUAUUAAAUAAAAUAAAAUAAAAUAAAUAAAUAAAUAAAUGUAUUGUAAGGAGAUCACACAAAGGAGUUUAUUUAUUUAAAUUACUUAAACAGAGUAGGUUCCUGAUACAGCAAAACUCAAAUGUAAAAACCUGAUGUAGACCUCAUUUCAGUACCAUUUUUAUUGUUAAUAUGUGGGUCAAUAUUACUGGUUAUGGCUUAAAAAGCUUUUUUAGAGUUUCCAUUCCCACAUAGGAUUUAUUUUAACUGCGAUUUUGUUUUUGUGACUAGGUCAAUCUGUUAACGCAAACAAUGAUUUAAUGCAGAUUGAUGAGUCUAAAUGUCUGUAUGCUAAUUACAUUUGAGGUUUAACGCAUGGUUAUUUUGAACAAAGAACACUAGGGAUAUGGAGAAAGAGACAAAUAGCCUCACUGAUAGAGAAGUGGACCUUAUAGGAGUUCGGUGAGACCUUUUUUUUAAACACUUUGUGACUAUCUUUCAUUGAAAAGUCUCAGUUUGGAUUAAUUUCCAUUAGUUGAUAUGCUAUUUAUUAAUGUAUGUAUUUAUUUAUUUAAUAAAAUAUUGUUUAGCUACA